CCGAAAUAUUUUACUAAAUAUUCGCCGAACAGAACUCGAUCUUCUCUUUUCUCAGUUUUCCUGCACAUCACUUUUGGAGGCUCAGUUGAGAGACUAUUCCGCCUUCUUAUCCUUAAUCAUCUCCCCUUCUGUCUCCUCUCAUGCGCUAUAUAUUACUGUAAAAGAUACUCGAGAAAAGAUGUCUUUCGAUCCAUAAUCUGUUACAUACAAAAAAAAAAAAAUGACCAAGCUCUCUGUUUUCUUCACUCUCUUCCUUUUCCAAACCCUGUCAUUUGCCAGCCAUGGCCACUGCAAGACAGAAGACGACGAGGUGGCAGUGAAACAGUAUGAGCUGCAGAAGGGAAAUCUCAAACUGGGAUUCACCAAUUACGGUGCCACCUUGAAUUCCGUCACCUUCCCUGACAGACACGGAAAAUUGGCUGAUAUUUCCCUUGGUUUCGACAACCCUGAAGACUACAAGAAUGAUACGGUGUACUUCGGAAACAUUGUUGGACGAGUUGCUAACAGAAUCGGAGGGGCCGGGUUCAAAUUGAACGGAACCUACUACAAAUUGCCCGCAAAUGAUCACAAUAACACUUUACACGGAGGGCCAAAGGGAUUUUCCGAUGUCAUCUGGAAAGUCACAGAGCUCGUCCAAACCAGCAAGCAGGCCCACAUUACCUUCUCUUACGACAGUUUCGAUGGAGAAGAAGGUUUCCCAGGAGACCUUUCCGUCUCAGUCACAUACAUGAUCCUGAAGCACAACAUACUCGCUAUCAGAAUGUCGGCGACGCCCCUGACCAAAGCCACCCCUGUCAACCUGGCCUACCACGGCUACUGGAACCUCGGCGGGCACGACAGCGGGACGAUCCUGAACCACACAAUCCAUAUCAUCUCCCACUACUACACUCCGGUGGACGACCAGCUCAUCCCCACGGGCCAAUUCGCCGUGGUGAAGGGCACACCCUACGAUUUCACGACGCGCUCGCGACAAAUCGGGAGCAGGAUCGACGAGGUCGAGGGAGGGUACGACAUCAAUUACGUGAUCGCGAGGAAGAUCGGGCCCCUGGAGCCGCACCUGGAGAAGACCGCGGUGGUGAGGGACGAGGCGUCGGGGAGGAAGAUGGAGCUGUGGACUAACCAGCCAGGGGUUCAGUUCUACACGGGGAACAUGUUGGACUCUGUGAAGGGGAAAGGUGGGGUUACUUAUAACAAGUAUGCAGGGCUUUGCCUUGAGACGCAAGGUUUUCCGGAUGCGGUGAAUCAUCCGAAUAAUUUUCCGUCUCAGGUUGUGGAGCCUGGUCACACCUAUGUCCAUGCUAUGGUGUUUAGGUUCACGGCUACUUAGACUGAUUAGUUGGUUUUGAUGUUUGUGUUAGGGUUGGUUAGAAUAAAGAGAUUAGUGGUGGUGGUUUAGAUAGGAGGGUUUGGUUGAAUAAUGAUGAUGUUUUUGGGGUGAUUGAGGUUCAAAGUGGGAUUGGUUUGUUGUCUGGAUUUGGAGAGGUUGAGGAUGUUUGGGGGUUUUCUCAAUUUGGAGCUAAACGUAACAAACUUGUAAGUUUGGUUGAAAGUUGAAACAUCCUUUUCACUUCUUGUUGAUGAACUAUUCUUCUCUUAGAGAAUGGAAACACAUAACAAAAAAAUCUUGAUAAUCAUGGGUUGGAUUAUGCAUAUCCGUUACUCUAUCCUAAUUUGUUCAGGUUUUAUCCAUACUAAUAUUCGUAUAAAAUUGAGUAAUUAAU